CGAAGACUCGGCUGCUUGAUUCGCGCGCUUUCCUCACCUGUUGCGUUCAGCGGUAUAUGCGCGUAUUGUUUCGGUUUUCUCGUAGAAGCGCGAAAGUCAGUGAUAGUUUAACACCUUGCGCGGCUGGCCUUGUACUUCGAGUGAGUGUACGUGCGCGUGUGUGUCUCAUUUCGAAAAGUGCAGGACGCUUACUUUGCGUUAGCGCGCGCCUCACCUCGCCGCCGCUCGCGACAUAACCUAAAAUUCGACGCGCGGCGUCGUCGCCGGUGUUGAACAUUCCGCGAGUUACUGCAAUCGUAGGAAUCAUUGAUAGGCUGAGACAUAAAUAUUACACAUUGAAAAUUUUGCAGUGAAAAAUUGCUCAAGCCAUGGCAGAUUAUCUUUCUGCUGAACUCACUGCCACUUGUGCUGUAAUUGGAUAUUUCGAUGGCACUACCUACCACUUAGACAAGAAUUGCUUAGAUGUCAUAAAGGAUCUUAUCAGAUAUCUUAAAAGGGACAAUGAUACACAUACCAUUAGACGCUUUCUUGGACAAACGAGAUUACUUCAGACGGAUCUUGUAAAGAUUCUUAUACAUCAUGUUAAGAAUAUUGAGCUUUGGGAUGUCUUGCUACGGUUACUUAUUAAUUUGACAAGCUCCGCGUUUGUAAUUUACAAUGAGCAGAUACCAACUGAGAAAACGAUGUAUAGCUUGUAUCAACAAAUCAUUUCAUAUUUACAAGAGUAUAAGGCAGCGUUAUCUGAUGAGAAUGUGUGGUUAGCAAUAGCUGGUCGUUUGGGAGAUUUACUCAGUAUUACUACUAUAGAAAGAGGAGAAGAAGAUGAGUUAACAAUUGAGAGAAUUCUUGUUUUCAUUAGAAAUGUACUGCAAGUGCCACCUAAUGACAAUGAUAAAAGAGCUGAUAACGAUGCCACUGUUCACGACGAGGUAUUAUUUGCAUUUCAUGCAUCGGGCAUGGUGGAUAUUUUAUUGUUUAUUGUCAGUAACAAUCAGGAACAACACUAUCACAUGCAAGUUUUAGAGAUUAUAUCUUUAAUGUUACGUGAGCAAAAUGCGAGCCUGUUGGCUGCAUCUGGGUUGCAACGUAGCACCGCUGAAAGGGAAAAUGACGAGGCUAGUCUCGUAGCCUUGCGACAGAAAGAGCUACGCGAGAAAACGGACAAAGUAAAAAAAUACGCUGGCUCAAGGCACUCGCGAUUCGGCGGUACUUACGUCGUGGAAAAUAUGAAAGCUAUCGGAGAAAAUCAAAUGAUAUGCCACCAACCGUAUCAAAAGAUCGAAGCACUGGAAUUCGGUCACAAUAAGAAAAGAGUGAAGCGACGCAAAGAUAAAAUGAGUCUGCAAGACCCCAAGGAGGAGCGCACGUCUGCCAUCAGCGUGCGGCUCUUUCUAAAAGAAUUUUGCGUAGAGUUUCUCAGCGGGGCGUACAACCCCGUGAUGAGAUUCACCAAAUCUUGCUUUAUCAGUGACACCCACGGCCACGCGGUGGAAACGGCCGUCUAUCUGUGGGCCCUGCGUUUCUUCAUGGAGUUCAAUCGACAUUACAAGUUCCAAGUGAAAUAUGUAAGCGAAACUAUAUCCACAGAAGUGUUUUAUUUAGUCCAAAGACAAAUGGAACAAUACUACGAGAUGAUAAUAGUCGAUAAAAAAAAGACAUCGCUUUGGUCUCGUAGAUUGCAUUUGGGAUUAAAGGCGUAUCAGGAGCUUCUUAACACUCUUAUGGUAAUGGAUAAGAGUACGGAUAAUGGUGUCAGAGAAUCCAGCAAGAUAAUUAAAAGCAAUAUCUUUUACGUCCCGGAAUAUCGGGAAACGAUACUCUCUCAGCUUUUGUGCUUCGAUGAGGUUAAAAUGUCACGGCAGUACUUAGUGGAUCUUAUAACGACUGUUCAUAUAUUUCUAAAAAUGCUUGAGCACUUCUGCCAAAAGGGCCAACGCAGUCUCGUAAUUCAAAAAGUAAAGCCAAAGAGAAGAAAGGCUGAAAAAAGGAAAAAAAAGUCUACUCAGGAAAAUGCAAUUACGGCUCCUACUUUGGAAGAACGUUGGGAUACUGUCGGUCCUGAAUUAUCAGCUGUUAUGCGCGAUGCCGUUAUACCUGUAGUGGUGCCGUUCGAUGCAACCUUAGAUACACCUAUCGACGAUCAAAAAGCGGAUGCCAUGAAGAGAAUCCAGAAAUUAAUGCGACAGAGGAACUUGGAGCAGGCAGUUGGUCUUCUACGUGCAGCAAGAGAAAUCUGGCCCGAGAAUGACUGCUUCGGAAAAGUGGACAUACCUCCCGAGGAAGAAUUCCUGGCUCUUCGCGAGAUCUUCUUUGCUGAUCUGGGCGUGAUAGAAGAUCAGAUGGCCAUUCAAGAAACGAUAAACGCGGAUGAAGAUACUGAAAAUUCUGUAAAUCGCGAAGAAAAUGAGGAAGAAGAGGAUGAAGAUGAAGAAGAAGAAGAAGCGGAAACUGUUUUCCAAGAAGCUGAUUUUAAAUUGGGUGAAUUUCUUCAAAGGUUCGCCAACGUGAAGAUCGUCAAGGCUUUAGCCCUACUAAUGCAACAAUUCGAAAACAACACAGUCGAAGUAAAUCACUAUGUAACGAAAAUGCUACAUCGGAUUGCUUGGAAUUGUAAAAUGCCGGGUAUGAUAUUUCAAGCGUCCAUAUUUCGGAUCUUUCAAAGAAUUCUCGAGUCAAAGGAUCCUGCACAUAAGGAGCUCCAAAAGUUCGCGGUCUUCAUAAUCCGCCGUUUCAUCGAAGUCGCCCAGAAGAACCGGAAGUCGUACAUGGAGCUGCUCUUCUGGAAGACUACUCGCGACGCGACAGAAAUCGUGGAUGGCUACAACGCGGAAACGACUAACAAGAAAGUUUCACGAGCGACCUGGACGGAGGCGGAAGAGGACGAGCUGCGUACCCUCUUCAUGGAGCAUCAGACUAACAAAUAUCCUCAAGAUUUAAUCGAUUGGAUAUUGGAGCAUGUCAUCAAUGAAAAUAGAACGCGACGUAUCAUCAUCAAGAAGCUCAAGGAAAUGUGUUUGAUCGUCAAUUCUAAGGGCGUGCGAGCUGAGGUACAAAAGAGAUUACCUAAGGAGUGGUCUGAGGAAGAAAUCGCCCAGCUUACGGAACUUUGGACACAGUUGAAAGACGAUGAUGAUCCUGUGGAUUUGAUUUUCACCGGUCUUAGAAUAAAGCGGCCGAAGCCGAAGAUCAAGGAGAAGCUUCUGGAAUUAGGAUUGGCGCAGGAUCGCAGGGAGCUGCGCAAAAAGCGGUCCAGAAAAAGCAACCAUGGUAAAUCGUCGUGGGAAACGCAGGCUGCCAGUAAUUCUGACGGGAACGAAAGUUCAGCCACCGACGACGAAGACGGCGAAGAAACUCGAAAAUCCUCGAAGCGCGGCGGCGCGCCUCGGCGGAGCGAGGAGCCGACGAAAAAGAAGCAACAGAACAGGCGGAAGCUACCAACGAUCGUUUACACGGAUGCACAAUUAUCCGGUCUCUUGAAGGACGUCAUCGACAGGAACAUGAGAGAGGCGUUAGAAUGGAUCAAGGAAUCCCUGCAAGACAUUCUGGACGAUCGUGACGAGGAGAGCUCCGAGGGCAUACCCCUGGUGCCGCUGACAGAUUACUCGUCGGCCGCGAUGGAUUCACCGAGUUUUCAGAAGCUCCUUCGCGCCAUGGGAUUUGUGCCACCGGCUGAUGCCCAGGAAUCUUAUUGGCGUAUCCCGGCGAAUAUGCUUACGGCCACGCUGCAGAAACGCUGCAAACUCAUCGGGGAUGCAUUAGCCGGCGAAUUUAUUGUCGAAGAAACGCGUAAAAGUCAAUCCGAUACCGAUGAAAGAGGAGACGACAGUGAAGACGAUGUCGACGUGUUUGAAAGCGUUAAAAAGUUCUUUGCGCCCAGAGAAUCGGAACCGUCGACCUCCAAACAAUCAGAAUCAUCUACUAAAAUUCAGUUUUCGAAGAAAUCCAAAACGUUAUUGACGUUAGACGAAGAAAGCGAUGAAGCAGAAGUUAUAGAAAAUAACGAUGAAGUGAAAAUCGCAGUAAAACCGGAUAAAGAGAGCAUAGUGAGAAAUCGAGUGCGGGUGCUCGACGAUUCCUCCGAAUCGGAAAUGGAAAUUGAAAGGGACAUCGAUGAUAAGAACGACGACAUAAAGAGAGAUAGAUCCGAUUCUUCAUCCGAUACGGAUAAACCGUCCACCAAGAAACGUCGGCUGAUCGAUAGCGACGAGGAGAUAGUGGAGCCGCUAAGGAGUGAUUAUACCGAGGCAAAUGGCGCUCCUGUUAUAAUUAGCGAUGAUGAAGAAUCAUUGCCCAACGUGCGAUCUGAGCGACCCACCUUAUCUCGCGUAAUAAUCAGCGACGAAGAAGAUUAGGAGAGAAUGGGUUUAUGUAUUCGUUACUCUAGAUAUUUAAGAUAUUCUUAUGCAUUCAAAACGGUUAUACUUUCAUAAUAUAUUAUUCUUUUACUCGAAUAUGUCCUUAAUUGAAAUAAUAAUUAAAGGACGAAUUAA